UUUGCUAAAGCAAUGUGCAAAGUUUUCACUAAUCCUGAUUUCUUCAAGUCCUUCGUUCAUCAGAAUUGUUGUAGCCAGCAUAUCGAUGGCCUCUUUGAUCUUGCGUUUUCUUUUAUCUUCAUCAUACGAGGCAAGGCGUUUGUCGGUUUCCAGUCGAUUUCGUGUACCUGUCUCACUAAUACACUUCUGCUCACAGUUGUUGCAUUUGAUGCGAUAGACUACCGAGCAAUCCACUUUGUCAAACGUCUCGAGUUGUGUCGGCAGGCUGAUUUUGUAUUCAUAAAAUCCAAGUUAAAAUCUGCCCUUUGUGACCCUUAUAUUUCCUUCUAUAAAUGUCCUGGGGUGCCCGUUACUGAAGCAAAUCCGAGCUCGUCCUAG